GCUCGUUGCGCUACGACACUGGCCGGAGGCCCUUGCAGCACUGCAGGCUUUGGCCAAGCUUCAGCUGCAAGUCAAUGAGAUCCACUACAAUGUGGGCCUCAAGGCUUGUGGCUGGAGGCAGAGCUGCUUUGUUCUGGAGGCAAUGCAGGCAUGCGGCAUCAAGCCCGACGGAAGAUCCUUCUCGGCUGCCAUCAAUCUUUGCCGAGGAGGUGGUCUUUGGGAGUUGGCAUUCGAGCAUGUGCGAGACAUGGCGCAAGCCAAAGCGCAGUAUGAUCCGGUUGUGUUCAGCGGUGCACUCGGCGCGGCAGGGCAGCAACGCUGGGAGGUGGCGGUGGAUUCCUUGACUUCACUUCAGCAGCUUCUCGGAGGGGUCGAUGUGGUUGCAUUCGGUGCAGCAGUUGGCGCAGUCGCAAGCACUGGAACCUGGCCACUUGCUUUGCACACCGCGACGAGCAUGGCCACUGCGCAGGUGAGCCUGAACUCCAGAGUCCUGACAUCACUGCUGAGCGCAUGUGAUGCCGGCCUGGUUUGGUCCAAGGCUCUUCAGUACUUGCAUGCGGCACCAAUCGUUUGCGUCAGACCUGCUAUCGAAACUCGAAAUGCCGCCGCCACUGCCUGCAGCCGCGCUGGCUGCUGGUCACAAGCACUGACAAUGCUCGAGGGCCUCGGAUUAAGGCCAGACCGUGUCGCGCAUCGUAUCGCCGUCAGUGCAUGUACAGCUGUCAGCGCCUGGACACGGGCUCUGCACCUGGGAGCCGGCGGACAAGCGGCGGAGCGGGCCCGACGAUGGCAGGUAGCGCUUGCACUUCUGCGUGCGACACCUUGCAUGGAUGAGGACCUGAGCCAAAGAGCCUGGGCACUGGCCAAAUCACCGGAGUCUGCGAGGCCAGAGACAGCAGCGCAGGCUUCGAGCAUCCAGCGAGAGGCAUUUGAGAUAACAGAGUCCGCCCUGCAGGCCAUGAACACGUUCCAGGCCUCUGAGCUAGCGAGCUUGGUGUGGUCUUUGGCUUCCAUCACUUUCGCGGAGCCGCGCCUGCUGGCCAAAUCUUUCGAUUAUUUUCUUCACAACCACCGCGUGCGGGGUCUGCCGUUCCGAGAGCUCGCGAGCCUCGCGAUGUCAUCUGCCGGCAGCUGCUUCGAGAAUUGUGCCAGCAGCCUGCAAGCCGUCCGCUUAUUCCAAGCUGUGCAGGAUGAAUUGAUCUCCCAAGCCGCAAGCUCCCAGCUGCCAGCAGCGCCUGCUGUGCUUCAGGAUCUUGCAGCUCGUGUGCUCGAUACGGUGUGGGCAUGCCAAUUUUCGGGCCAGCUUGGGAGACGGACAGUACGUGCAGCGAGGACACUGCUGCAAAAUAUCGGGAGCCGAUUCUCUCCGAGUGUCUCGCUCGUUUCCACGCAGCAGGCCAGACAAGGAGAUCCGAUUGGUCCUGGAUUUCCUCAUGUGGUUCUCGAGUUGGGCGACCGGUGCGUCGUCUACAAGCCCCCAUCAUUUUGGCAGGUCGACGAUGGGAAGGACGAGCCCCAGGACGCGUCCCUGAGGCUGUCGCAGUUCACCCAGGCCCUCUACCCACCUCGCUGCUGGCCGACUCUGGAGGAUCGAAGUCACAGCCGUGGCUUCUUGCAUCGUUUGGACAUCCCUACAUCGGGCUUGAUUCUCACAGCCAAGACACACUGCGCCUUCUAUGAUUUGAGGCUGCAGUUGUCACUCGGUCAGAUGAAGAGAGAGUAUUGUGUUCUUAGCCAUGGCUUCGCGCCGUUUGCGCGAAGCACCAUUCGCUGCCGCGUCCACUGGUUCGGAAAUGGAAGACAGGCCGCCAGCAUCGUCGCAGCUGCUGGACGCCCAGCUAGCUCAAAGCUCAAGGUCCUGGGCGUGGGGCAUUUCACCGAGCUGGUGUUGAGCCUGCUCGCUAUUCACAUUCUCACCGGCCGGCAGCACCAGAUCCGACUGCAGAUGUCCCAUGUCGGCCACCCCACCGUCGCCGACAAGAGAUACUUCUCCCUCCCGAACUGCUUGCAGGACCUGGCCUGGUGCCCGCGAAACUUCCUUCACCGCUAUCGCUUGACUUUCUUGGACCGUGAUGCUCGGCCUGCAGAGGUCAGGGAGCCUUUGCCCUGCGACCUCCGCGGAGCUUUGGGGCAGGUUCGCCCACUGCGCUCAGAGGCAGCGUUCAGGAGCUGGAUGGCAGCAGAGCCGCCGAAAGCUUGGAGUGACCUAGCCUCGGUGCAAAAGGCUUUGUGCCAGGUGCUUCUGCUUCAUGGAGGGGAGCUGCCUGUAUCCAUCGCCGGUGAUGAGCUUCGAAGGCGCCAUUCGAAGAUCUGGAAAGACUGGAAGAGCAAGGCGUCGGAUGCUAGCCUUCUUCGGCUUUGUUCUGCUGCACAGCCGUAUGGCUUGUCCUUAGAGAACUUGGAGUCUUUGGACGAGCAGGCAGCCAGCUCUGGUGAGCCAGUGAUACGAUUGCAACGAUCAGAAUCAGAGACUUGCUCCUUCGUCCCACUGGAAGGAUCUAACGCAGCGGACAGCCAACAAGAAUUCCCGGAAGAGUCCAAAUUCUUGCGUUCUGCCUUGGUCUCCCGCUUCGAGCGACACCCCAGUGGUUCUCAAGGUGGUGCCGUGCCUGUAGCGUGGCUGACCAUCGCCCUGGAAAAGGAGCUGCUCCGGCAUAUUCGCUUCUUCCCGCGGUACGAACAGGAUGCCGUUGCCAUCGUGCCUGAGCUCGGGGCUUUAUUGGUAGAGACAUCUGCAGCCACAGCCACUUCACAGACGGCCAAGGCUGUAAGAAAGCGGUGCAUGGCAAACCGCCUAGUCGCUUUCCUACUUCAAGGUGCGGACUUCAUCUAUGAGCCCGCAGAGACCGAGGAGCCAUCUGCCCGGCUCAUGCAGGGCAUGGUACGACGGACGUCGGAAGCGUCUGCGAAAGAGUCUUUCGCACGACAAGCAGACGAUUGCCAGGCUUCUCCCUUGAUGUCACGACCGCCACCUGCAACCUCGGUUGGUGAAGGGCGGCGCGCAUGGAGGCGUGCUAUGGCAGAGAUGCCCAGGUCAACGAAGGAGCUGACUGAGUCCUUAAAGCUUUUCGGCGCCGAAGAGGUUUGGGUCCUCUUCCUCCGAGCGCAGGGCUCCCGAAGCAAGGAAGCGGCACUCAUGGCUUUGGAAUUCGAGGUUGCGGCGCUGCAUGCUGGAAUUCAGCCAUCACGCUGGAGGGAAGUAGCACCCGGCUUGGUGGUGCUUGCAACAAGAGAAGGAUCUUUGGAGCAGUCCUUCUUGAGUGCUGCCCGCAGCCUGACCGCGCUUCGAAGGCCGCCGGUGAGGCUGUCCAAGCAUGCAGCAUUCGAAACCUCCUCGGAGCUUGCCGCAGCUGUUGCCGAGUUUUUGGCCUUGCAAGGAUGUAGUACUUGGUGGUUGGAGGUCCUGCUCCGUGAGCCUCCAGUCGAUGCCUCGCUGCUGCCUUUGAAAACCUGCCACGGAGCAGACAUGGCAUUGGACGUAAUUGCUGUCGCUGGGCCUGACUUAGCCAGGAAGCUUCAACGACAAUCUUCGGGGCCAGGGCAUGUCCACUUGGUGGCUUUCCAGGCAGGUAGUACUUCGUAUUUGGUCGGCCAGGAGGUUGCAAUCGCGAACGGCCCCUGCCUGCCAGCAUCGUGGCACCAGAUGUGGUCUGGUCGGAACUUCAAGUUUUCCGCGGGGCUUGAUUCUUGGGUGGCCAGCGCAGUCAUCUCCAUCGCUUUGCUGGAGUGCGAGAAGGGCAAGGGAUCCAGGGCUGCGCGGUCCCUGUUGGAUGCCUGCUGUGGAAGUGGUACGCUUGCAGCUGUUGCCGCAGCCUCGGGCAGGUUUGCCAAUGUCAUUGCCAGUGACAUAAACUCUGCCUUUGCUGAGCGUGCAGAAGAGAACUUCAGGCUGUGCAGCUUUGGAACAGAGAUUCAAGUGUUGGUUCACGAUGCGACGACCAGCUUCGCAGACUUACAACUGCAACCCGAUGUCGUGGUUGCCAACCCACCAUGGGGUUGGCGCAUCGGCUCCGGUUCUGACACUUCGCUGCAGAUCAUCCGCAACUUGAUGCGUGAGUUUCCCGAGGCAGUCAUUGCUUUGAUUUGCCCGGAGCUCGUGUCGGAUCAGGACGUGCAGCAUGCAGGAUUUGCACUUCGCUGGAGCUGUACUCUGGGCCAGAGUGCUGUAUGGAUCCUUUGCCCAGUGCAUGCAAAAUGA